UUUCUCUUCUCUACUGUGAAGUGGACACGCCCACCUUCUCUGAUAAAAAUAAUCAUGGGCCUGUGUAAAUGUCCCAAGAGGAAAGUGACUAACUUGUUCUGUUUUGUUCACCGCGUGAAUGUGUGCGAAGACUGUAUGCUAUCGGAUCAUCCCAGAUGUACUGUACAUUCGUAUCUCCAAUGGCUCGAGGACAGUGAUUAUGAUGAUGUUUGUGUUCUGUGCUCUCACUCUAUUCAAGAAGGGCUUGUUCUCAGGCUAUCCUGUUAUGACUUGUUCCAUGACGAGUGUCUACACAGCUACAUGGCCACACAACACUCACAGAAGUGCCCAAAGUGCAAGGAGUUGAUUGUUCCACCACGCCAUUUUAUGUCUCCAGUGGCUGAUCAACUUAGACUCAGUAUAGGAACCUUCCAACCAGCAGCAGCAGCAGCCACCUCUCACAGCAGAGCUGGGGCCACUUCUAACAAGGCUGAGUCCAGGGCUGGGGCCACCUCUAACAUUAACAAGGCUGAGUCCAGGGCUGGGGCCACCUCUCCUCGGAGCAUGGUAGGUAAUGACAAGUAUCACACAAAGGUGUGGAGCUCAGGGCCUCGUCAAUGGUUGAGAGGAGAGCAAUCAAACAAAGUCCUUGAAAGUGGAUUGUAUCGGCUAAUAUUUGCAGUGGGACUGCUUGUGAUAUUGGCUGUGACUCUAAUAAUAGUCAUGACAAGAGUGGGCAGACAAGUGGCUAAAAGUGACACAUCAUUGGACUGGAACUUUAACCCACAACUCAGAACUGGAACUUGAUUAUAAAUUAUAAUUAUACUAAACUAUUAUUGAAAAUGUUCAUAAACAGGAACAAAAAUUAAUGAACAAUGAAUUAUGAACACAAAUCAAA